AUGUUCAAACGACUCCGUCCCCCGGCUGCCGCUGAACAAAUUUUGGCGUCUCGAAAAAAACCGGAAAAACUACACCUUCGUUCUGCGUCUGUUGGCUUAGCCCCUUCAGAUGACGGUGAGCAAUCACCAUCACCAGGUCCAUUUGGUAAAGAUGAGAAGGAUAAGAAACAGAAUCGACGAGAAUCAAUCAAAGAGCAUCUGAUGAAGUUUAAAGCGAAGGCUGGAAAGAUUCUAGAAGAAAAGCAGCCUAGUGUGAAGCCAUUGGUGGAGGAAGGAGCGCAGAAUAACAGUUCUUCUUUUUUGUCCCAAGGAUCGGAAACCGACCAAAAAGAAGAGCUUUCUGUAGCAGUGGUAGAUGAACAGACUAGUUUAGAAUCAUCGAUCCAACAGGAUGUGUCUAAGAAAGAAUCCAAAGAGCAAAUGAGGAAUCGAAUCAGAAAAAGUGCUCAAAAGGCGGUGGAGAGAACUCGUGGGAAUGUUCAAUUGAAUAGAAGAUUGGCUAGACGACCUACAGUAGUCCAAGAGGAACAUCUUGAUGAGAAUGACUUGCAUGCCAUUGAUGAGCAAGUUGAGAAGACGAUUAAGAUGGGAGAGAAGUACCUGGUUGCAAAUGAGACUACUAACGCAGCUGAAAGAGAUAUCGAUGAGUUUUUCGAAGCAAAACCAAAGAAGGAUGAGGUGAAAAAAGAAGAGCCGAGAAAAGUGAUUUAUGGGAGAGUGGAAGAGGUCAAAUAUCAACAUGAUUUAAUGGUUAAAUAUGUGCUGAAGGAUAGCAAUAUAAUUUGUGGAGAAAUAGUGCCAAAGGAUAUUCUGAAGAAGGCUACAGUACUACCAACCAGGGUCGAGUACGCCGAAGACUCAGUGAGCGUUUACACUGCUCCAGAAGCCGUCGACAACGUAAUCAGUCAGGCUAGAAGUCGAAAAUACGUCCAACUGGACGUCUUCAUAGACUCGAUUCAUUUCGAUCAUCACUAUCUUUGGUCUGAGGAAGAAGUCAUUUCUGCUGAAUUGCGCAAUGAGUUCAUGGUUCAACUUUUGAGGGUCCAUGAGAUUGCUCAGCUUGAGAGACAUCAACUAGACUUGGACCGCCAACCGCGGAUGAAAGAGCAGGUUCGUAAGGGGCGGUUGGAAUUGGAACGCCUUGGAGACGUGUUAAAUGAGACUAGAAGAGUUCAAGGGUAUACGGCAACGACAUCAAAUUUUGUGCCUGCUAAGACUUCAUGGGAAAUCGAAGACUGGAGCAAUUACGGCUCUGUUACCAAAUCUGCCAAACUAACAUCAAUUGGAAAGAUCCCAAAAGCAUCCCGCCAACGAAUCGCCAUGAUGAGAAAAACAACUAUCCAACUGAUCCUAUCAUUCAAUGAUAAUUUUGUCAGUAGUACUGCAUGGAUUCCGUUGAGUUCUAAUGUGAUGUCGUAUGCGAAACGAUUCGAACUGGAGUUGUGUUCUGCGAUGAAGUCGUUGACUCUGGAGGUUAAGGAACAUUGUAAUGGAAAGGUUCGAACAUUGGGAGUUGGAAAUGUCCCAUUGCCAUCUGAUGAUGAUUUAGAGAUUGCGUUGCAUGAAGUUUGGUUUGAGAAUAAUGAUUUCAUGGAGUCUGUUGCUGGAAGCAUUGGCUCUAAUCCGAAUCGUAAGGAAACUGGGAGAAUCUUAUGUAGAACAAUUCUGGAGGACGGCGAGCUUAAAAUUGCCGACGACAAACUAUUAGCCGAGUCCAUGCAAGAGAAGAAGAAGAAAUUUGAGCUCAUCCCAUCGGAAUUAGUUCUAGGAUCCUUAAAUGAGGAAGAUGAUAAAAGGAGAUUGGAAGAGCUCCGAGAAGAGGAUCGAGCGCAGAAACGGCAUGCGUAUAGAAGUGCAAUCGAUUCUAGAAGGAUUUCGGCACUUCAGUUUGCCAAUUUGGCCAGAAAGCGAGUGAUGGAUAGGAGACAGAGAAAGGAGAGGAAGUACGAGGAAAUCGUGAGAGAGGAGUCCAUUCCAACUCUUUCGGUAGCGUUUUCGCAACUUUUUGGACCAGCCGAUAUUUCGAGAAGAUUGAAACCGAUGAGAAAGGAGGAGCGUGCCAGAGAAGAUGGUUGGGAUAAUACCAUAGUGAUUAACAUCCAAUCAGCUAACAAUCUCCCUGUUCGACAUUCCGGAAUGCUUCAACCAUUUGUAGUCGUCAGUUAUUCUGGAAAACGACUCAAUACCGAUGUGGCCGUGGGACGACAUCCGAAUUGGCAGUUUACGGGAAAGCUAGUGAUUUCAAAGGAGGAUCGAGAGGCGGAGUAUAUUGAGAUUAGAAUUUAUGACCAGCUCGUCGAAGGCAUCGAUAAGGACGAUCGUAUUCAGAACGUUGUGUAUGAGCAAUUGUCGGCUCGGCUCUUGGCUACACAAAAAAUUCGUUUCGAGACAUUGUCGGUGGUUUCGAAAAUCAAUGCGCCCAUCAUGCUGAAUGUUCCACUUUAUAUAACGAAUUAUAGGUUGUUAAAAUCACUUCUUAAUAUCUUGGUAAACUUUAUUUCCCCGGACCCAUGCUUCUUGAAAAUCCUCUUCUCCACCCAAAUCGAUCCAAAAACUCAAGUCGAAUAUACCAAAAGCACAUCAAGUUUCGAAAAUCAAAAAACGCUGGACAAAUGUGCACUUCUCGAAAGGCAACUACACGAACAAUAUCCAAAACGAAUAUUCCGUCCGUUGGUCACUGAUCUGAAUGCCAAUUCUACGAUUUGUACAAGAUAUCUUCGUCCAAUUAUUCCACCUCAAAUUGUAAUGCAAGAAAAUGCGGCGAAUAUUCCGGAAAUUUGUCGACUGGCUGCAAAAAUUGUGUCAGGAAUACCACGUGUCGAUGCGACGUCCCAUUCGGACAUCUGGGGAAAUGUGUUCCAGUUGAUAAGUAUUGCUGCAGGAGGAUUAGAGGAGAGAGCUACUCUGUUGGGAUGCUGGCUUCUGCAUUUCAGACUUCCUGUUGCUAUAAUUCUAGGGGAAGCUCGCGGCGAAAAAACUGGAUUUGUGUUGUCGGAAAUCGAGGGAAAACAAGUUUUGAUCGAUCCGGAGAAUGGCCACAUCUAUCAAGCGAUGGAUUCAAAUUGUGCAUUGGACAAAAUUUAUGGAGCGUUUGAUGAGAAAAAUUAUUAUGCAAAUGUUCAGCCGUAUGAGCAAGCAUCACAGAUUUCAAUGAAUUUGACGAAGACCCCUCACUGGAAGCCACUAUUUGCUGCCAACGAUGACCCUUUGGAAAGUGUCCAACCAGCUUCAAUCCGUUAUUCAAAAGUUCCAGAAGACUGGAUAGUUGAGCUCCGCGUUUCUCUUGAACGAGAAAUCAAACUCCGAUUUGACGAAUCCAGAAAACACGCCAUCCCUCAAUGGCAUCUCAUCGCUGCUCGCCAACUUCGAGAAGUUCUAGAAGGACCUCGUGGCAUUUCUGAAGCAACUGUAGAUGAGAAAAUGUCAAGACUACGAGAAGGCUACACGGUUACUGUAGUCAUCUUUCGUCUGAGUUAUUCUUCAAUGGAUGAAUGUGUCAAGGAAGUGUUAGCAAGUCGUUUGCACGAUUCGUCGGAUCAGAAUGCACAAUUCGCAUCGGCGGUGAAUGUCGUCGACUUUUUUGCGCAUGUUAUUCAAAUUGACGUAGCCUUGGCAGUUUUGAAGCCAAAAAGGUAG